AAGAAACGCGCACUAAAUUGUGUCAUGUUAAAAACAAGGAAGUUAUACGCAAGAAAAUACAUAACGUUAACUGCAAAUCAGAGUUGCCUAUCUGGCCGGCAAGUGUUUAGAGUGUUUAUAUAGCAAGCUGUCUAGUUUGCUGAUUCAUUUUCAUAAAUUAUGAAUUCGUCAUAAGCCGAAAUGCUAAAUUAUGGAACUUGAAGAUAGUUAAGUGAGUUAGCUACCGGGUAGUCAGCUAGCUAGUUGACUGGACAACCACCAUUCACACGUUCUGAAUUUCUCAGAAAUUGGUGGUGUUUCAGAAAAGUCAAGAUGCUGAACAUCCCGUCACAGUCGUUUCCUGCCCCCAGCUCGCAACAGCGAGUUGCUCCGUCGGGGAGAAACAAAGUGUCGCUGAAGCCAGGUCGGAGUCUGAUGGACUGGAUCCGCUUCAGUAAGAGUGGGAGGGACCUGACUGGGCUCAGGGGCCGGCUGAUAGAUGUAACGGAGGAGGAGCUUAGAAAACACAAUACACGGGAGGACUGCUGGACCUGCAUACGAGGCAUGGUGUAUAACGUGAGCCCCUACAUGGAGUACCACCCUGGGGGGGAAGACGAGCUCAUGAAGGCUGCAGGUGCUGACGGAACCGACCUGUUUGAUCAGGUCCACCGCUGGGUGAACUAUGAGUCCAUGCUCAAGGAGUGCCUAGUGGGGAGGAUGGCGGUCAAGGCCAAGGCCUCUAUUAAAGCUCAGUUAAAUUCUGACAAACAGAGCCUUCCAGUGAAUGGUUUGCCCCCUGCUUUCCCCUCCCUGGUCCUGGAGCCACCUUCCCCGGCACCUCCACCCAAGGCUCCGCCCCCUCCCAAAGACCACCGGCCCAGGUUCGACUGGUUCCAAACUGAGGCAGUGGUCAAUGUUGUGGUGUACACCAAACGGAAGAUCCCUAGUUCGGGCUGUACAGUUGUUGACCUGCAGGGCGGUGCUCUUCGGGUGGAGGUGCUCCUGGGAAAGCUCUCCUACCUCCUCCACCUCCGAUUGUCACAGGAAGUGGAAGAGAGUAUUACCAUUCAGACAUUGAGCACGGUGGGCAAGGUGCAGGUGAGCCUACGGAAGGCUGUGAGGGCCAAAUGGGACGAGCUGGGCGAGCCUCUGCAAUCCCAUGAUUCCUUUCUGCGGAGGACAGAUCAGGGGGUGUUCUACCGGGAGUGCGCGCUGGUGUGUAAAACAGACGUGACCCACGACACUCGGCUGUUCGCCUUCAGGCUGCCGCGCGGGACGCACAUGCAGGUGCCCGUCGGACGGCACGUCUACCUCAGGGCUCCCGUCCAAGGCAGCGAGGUUGUGAAGCCCUACACCCCAGUGAACAGGACACUGAUGCCCCAGUCCCAGGACCCCGCAGAGAGAGAGCACGCCAGCGUCUUCCUCAUGAUAAAGAUCUACCCCGACGGAGCUCUCUCCCCGCACCUCGACGCCCUGAACGUCGGUGACUCUCUCUCCAUCAGUAGUCCGGAGGGCCCCUUCAGUGUGCGGCUCCUGUGUGAUGUCACUCACCUGUACCUGUUGGCGGCUGGCACUGGCUUCACCCCCAUGGCCAAGCUGAUUCAGCUGGCCCUGCAGGACAUGGACGCUCUCAGAAAAGCCAAGCUGUUAUUUUUCAACCGGAAAGAGAGGGACAUCCUAUGGCGGUCUGAGCUGGAUGCACUGGCAGAUCAAGAAGAGAGGUUUGAGGUGGAGUACGUCCUCUCUGAGCCGGCUGACGGGUGGAGCGGGCGCCGAGGCCGGAUCGAGGCGACCAUGCUGUCAGACUUCCUGAGCGGUCCAGCGGGAUCCAAGCGUCUGGUGUGCGUCUGUGGGCCCACCGCCUUCACAGAGCUGGCACUAGGGAUGGUGCGAGAGCUCGGCUUCAGCGACGAGGAGAUCCACGCUUUUCAAGGAUGAGCCACGACCUCACACUGCAGAAACCUCAGAUCCCUUACACCCAGAGGACCUCAGUGUGUGUGUGUGUGCGUGUGGGGGUGUGCGUGUGUGCACGGGUGCGUGCGUGCGUGUGUGCGUGCGUGCGUGCGUGCGUGCGUCUGUGCGUGUGCUCGCGCGUGUGCGCAUGUGUAUGUGUUGACAUAUACGCAUGUGUAUGUAUGUGCACACACUUGUGAAUGUGUUUUGUCUGUGUGUGCUCAUGCAGUAGUGUAAGUGCAUGUGUGUGCAUGCAUGUAAGCCCUCUCACUAUGCACUGUGAACUUCAGUGGACUGUUCCAGAAAGUCUCAUUUGGAAGCAUCUUGUUCUUUACGUAAAGACCUCUCAGAGAAUGAGAUAGAGAGAGAGAGGAAGGGAGAGAGAGAGAGUGAGGUGAAUUAAUACAGUUCUCUGAAUACUUUUAUGCACUCAGGUCAAUUUUAUUGAAGUUAACAGUCGGUGCACCAUCCAUCAACUGAACUUGCUAGCUUGCUGUCUCUUCCAAAGUGCAGGGACCACCUACAGUAUGUAUAAUCGGUUUAUGAACUUUAUCUCCUGUCCUUACUCGAGCAAUGUGUGUCACUGAAGUGGUGCUGAGGUCACUGGUUGGCAGUAUGUUGUCAGCUUCAUUUCACACAUUUCAAUAAUGUGUUGACAAACGGUUCAAAAGUGAUGAUGCAACCUAUCAAAAAAUGCACUGUUCACUGGCAGAAACGUCCCCUUUUUUAGUGGAGUUUUUGCCUUGCUGGCAAUAUGUGGAGGCUUGUAAGGAAUGUAAAGCUUGCCAGUAUAUUUUAUUAUUAAUCUGGGUACGGAACAGUCCUGUUCUUCCCAGAAAUGUCUUAGUGCGUUUAAAUUAUAGGGAAGAGCACUGUGCUUUUUAAGAGCCUGGGGAGAGGGCAUGAUCAAGCUUACGUAACAAGGCUGUCUUCAGAGACGCUUAAAAUCAGCUUAAAAUUCUGGGAGCCCCUCGAAACUCUGAGCACUAACCCAAAAACUGCCCAUGAUUGGUCUAGUAAAAUGAUUAGGAAUGGUGUCAGUGCUAGCGUAGCGAAUUAAAGACAAAAAAUAUUGGGGAGCCUUCAUGUCUGGAGCUGUUCAUUAAAACUUUUUAGACCAAUAAAAUACCUGAAAUUAUCAUGUCAAAUGCAGGACAUAUAUAUAUAUAUAUAUAUAUAUAUAUAUAUAUAUAUAUAUAAUUUCAAAUUUUGUUAUCACACGUUUAUAAAAGAUGAAAGAUGUCGGUAUCAUGUAGCCUGUGUGUGAUGCUGCUAGCAGUUAGUACUGUGCGGGUCAGUCUGCACUAAUGAGCCAUUGUGUUGUUUUUUUUUUGGUAGUUGACUUGCAGGAGUAUAUUGUGAAAAUGUCUUGAACAAAGUCAAUUUGCUGUUGCCCUCACUUUUUACUAAGCUGUAAGAUGUUUGUAGCGGAAUGGAGGGCUUUCACUGUAUUUUCACUUUAGCCAAACCCCAGUAAAUAAUAUUGUCAAUAUGGGCAAUGUAGAUGAGCAAAAUAUGGGCAUUGAGACGGCUCUAUUAGUGUGCCCCUGAGCAUUUACCUUCCAUGAAAUGUUGACUCAUCCUGGUUGUCACUGCAGACAGAAAGUAACAGAACAUAACAGAACUGCAAUGAGAUAAGUACAAUGUCAUAUUUUGCCUUUAAAUAACAGAUGCACUUGUCACUAGUUUACAAAGCUACUCGAACAGUUUUGUAAUAUUGCACAUCCAUUGUCAUAACUUGUGGAUCUCUGAAGAAAACAAAACGGGAUAUUGAUAACGCUAGGCCUAAGAAUCGAAAAUGAACGCACAGCUACACAUGUAAAAUGUGACAAUAAAUCAUCGGUUCGGUAAGAGAAGCACAGUCAACAUGAAUCGUUUGGUUAAAAGAACUGUUAAUUUGCAUCUGCCAACUACUGCCAUUUUAAACCUGGUGCUUGGUUUUGAGCGCAGAAAAGAACGCAUGUCUUUGAAAAGCGGUUCUGGGCAGCUGCAAGGGACACGGAUCUGUGAACAAGAGGCCCCAGGCCCGGACUUGCUGUUAAGUGGUGUUUUUACUGAAAUUGCUUCAGUACAUGUGCUGUUGUAGAAAAGUUGGUUGUGUGAAUUGUAUGCCAUGUAAAUUUGCCUUGUAUAAGGGUGUGUGCUAAACAAAAUAAAUACUGGAGUCAA